GUUUUUAAUGUCCACGAUCUCUCAAGUCUGGAAACAACUUGUACAAACCAUUGUUUUGGUUGUUAAACAAGAAACAACUUUCCAGCUGUUUGAUAUAUUCAAUAUUUUAAAUAUACUUUAUUUAUAUUAUUGAAAUACAUAAAAAAUAAACAAGAUGCAUGUCAAUCAAACAUAAAAAACCCUACUAAUGGUCAGCACGUCUCAUGAUUCCCCCCUGUAAUAGAAUUCGUCUCAUGAGAUUCCAGUACAUCAAUAUGUCUGGUAAGAUUCCUCAAAAGCCAGUAGCAAUAAUAAAUUAAUAAUUAUAUACAAACAUAUAUACACAUAUAUAUAUGAGAUUGGAAUCAUGCAUUUCAGAUUCUCAUCAAUAUCUUGAGCUACCAAUUAUUUAGAGUGAGUUGUCUGCAUCAUGUUUUCGAGAGGAGCGAAGGAGAGAGACGCGAUAGAAAAGAAAGGACACCAUUUCAGCCACCCGCACCCAUUGAAGCCGAUCGCCUAUCAACAAACCCUAAACCUAACUUCACCAUGCGCGGCAUGCAAGCUCAAACCCUCAGGUAUGAUCUACACGUGCACAGUUUGCAAAGAUUACUUCCUUCACAAGCAAUGCUUUGAAAUGCCGAGGAAAAUAGAUCACCUCUGUCACGAGAAACCCUUAACCCUUCUUCCUAAGACCGGAUACGCCAAAGGCUACUUCGUGUGCGACGGCUGCGGCCAAACUGGCGACGGCUUCUCCUACAACUGCGACCCUUGCGGAUAUGAUCUGCACAUGCUGUGCGCGCUCAUGCCGCUGUUCGCCACCCACGAAUCCCACGUGCACAAGCUCGAUCUUACGUUCGAGUCACCGGAACCUACCAAGAGUUUCGCCUGCGGGAUAUGCGGGAACCCUGGCUCACGCCAGUUAUGGCUUUACAGGUGCAAGUUGUGUGAGUUUAAUGCGCAUCUCAACUGUGCUAGAGGUCUACUUCAGCCUUCAUCGGAGCAGCCAACGAAGGACACGAGUUUCAAUACCGGUUCUGACGAGUCGCCCAAGACACCGCCUGAGACGGCGGCGGCAACGGGAUCUAGAUUGGCUCCGUCCGUGCCUAUACAACAGCAGAAGCAGCAGCAACAACAGCAGAAUAUUAUGAAUGAUGUACCCAAGAAUGAUUUGGCACUUUUGGCCGUUCAGAAAAUGAUUGUUAGCAGAAGUAACGGCAUAGCUCAGGCAGUUCAGCAAAUGAUUGUCAACAAUAGUGACGCCAUAGCUCAGGGAAUACUGACUUCUGGGAGCGGUAAUGGAGGCGGAGGGUUUGGUGGGGAAUCCGGAGAGAAGAGAGAAUUGCAUUUGCUAACUGAAUUAAUAUGUAUACUUACUAACGGUGGCGGUGGUGGUGGCGGCGGCCAAAACCCAGUAAACAACAGUGGUGGUGGUGGUGGUGGUAGAAGAGACUCUGCGCGAUCUUUACCGGGUGAUGGAAAUGCAUGGUAUUGA